GUUUACCACAUUCCUAAAAAUAUUUUCCUUGUAAUGAUAAUGAUAUUGUAAUUAGGUACUGUUGCAUUAAUUCAUAUAUACAAAAAAAUAUAUAAUCAUACUUACGAAUAAAAUAAGCAAACAUUUUGCCAUUAUUAGCGAGUCCUCCAUUAUUGUUUCUAAACCUUCAAUGAAUUAAAGUAGUGCCAUUGUCAGGCGAAACCCGUUGAAUAUCCAAAACUGAGUCAUUACGGGAACGGAUUCUAGGAAAAAGAUUCACCGCAAUGAUGUUUGUUAUAACUUAUAAACAUUCAUUUGUAGUGGAAUAACUGUGUAUGUAUGACGUGCGAAGUGCAGUUUUCAGUUCAGAAAUGGAAUCGAUUCCGAAUGUUUUGAUGAACAGUAGUGUUGUGACGGCGCUCUCCGACGCUGACUUGGCAGCCAUCGAGCUGUUCAAAGGAUACCCGGACGGACUGCUGAAGUUCGCGACAGCCUGCUGUGGAAUCUUCAUGGUGAUCGGCAUUCCUGGAAACAUUAUCACCAUAGUCGCGUUAGCUCGCUAUGAAAAGGUCCGCAACGCGACUGCAAUAUUCAUCAUGAACUUAUCCUGCUCGGAUCUGCUGUUUUGCUGCUUCAACCUGCCUCUGGCUGGUUCCACCUUCUUCAAACGGUCCUGGCCUCAUGGACAGCUUCUGUGCCGCCUGUUCCCGCUUGCAAGAUACGCCCUUGUGGCCGUCUCACUCUUUACCGUUCUUGCUAUUACAGUCAAUAGAUACGUUAUGAUUGCUCAUCCAAAAUUGUAUCCCAAGUUAUACAAAACUCGGAAUAUUUCAAUAAUGCUGAUCGCUAUCUGGGCGGUAUCAUUUGGAGUAGUGACGCCAGCCUGGUUCGGGAAAUGGGGUGUGUUUGGAUUAGAUACGAACAUUGGAUCGUGUUCAAUACUCAGUGAUCAAUGGGGACACUCCCCAAAGAAAUCUUUAUUUCUAACGGCAUUUAUACUUCCGUGUUUGGCGAUAAUACUCUGCUAUGCACGAAUAUUCUUUAUAGUUCGCAAAGCGACAAAGAAAUCUCUGCCUAAAGCUAAGAAAGCUCCAGCCUCAGAAGAAUCUUCAUCAGCAGAUGUAUCUUCAUCAGUAUCUGCAAGACUAACAACCGACAAUAGCAGUAGUUACAAUGUAGAACAAAUAAAUAACGCUCACGUUUCAUUUUCACAGAACGGUGUUGUAACACAGCCGCGUAUCACUACAUUUUCAGUAGAAACAAGAGAUGAAAUCGUUAGAUAUCCCGUAGAUAUCCAAAGUGAACCAGUUAGACUACGAAGAACUGCUUUGAGAAAGUCGAUGGCACUUUUGAAGAUUACGCUUCCAUCAAGGAAAGAUAGAAGAUUGGGAACAAUGAUCAUUGCCAUCAUGAUAUCUUUCUGUUUAUGUCAUUUACCGAUUACAAUAACUAAGGUUUUAAGAGAACUGAAUCCAUACCCAGCAUCUAAUAUUGCUUCGUACAUAUUGCUGUAUUUAUCGUCUAGUAUAAAUCCACUUAUUUACGUGUUGAUGUCAAGUGAAUACCGAAAAGCCUAUAAAAAUCUUUUUAGACGACGAAAUAAAGUUGCUAGAAUAUCGCUUAGAAAUAACAGGUAACUAACUAUCUAUAGU